AUGCUACAAGAAACAUCCGAAGAAGAACGGUUGCUGCGACUUGCCGAUUUGUUUGACAAACAGCUCUGUGAGCAUGAUUGGGCAUUGCGGGUGCUGAAACGGCUGAUUUUGAUUCGUAUUCAAUUGUAUGGAUCGCAUCAUUACAUGAUUGCCGAUUCCUACCAUCGACUGGGCGAUGUUCUUCAAAAGAAGGGAAACUUGGAAGAAGCAAUGGAGGCCUAUGAAAAAGCCCGGUCGAUGUUCACAGGCAUUAUACUCACGGAAGGCCAUUCCGAUUUUUCAGGUCUCAUUGCGACUGUGAAUUCAGUGAUUCGUUCCCAAACCAAGCUACAAGAAGCGCUUCAAGCCCAGUGCGCAUCCUUGGAGUAUCAUCGAGACAUCUUUCAGGAUGAAGGAAAUAGCUCAAGCAUAAAGCUGCGUUUCAAGAGUAGGUCUCGCAUGUCGCAGACGGAAGAUAUGCUGAUGAAAAGCAUUGAUCAAUUUCAGCGCAAAUUGAGCAGUGUCUUCCAACCAUCCUCUGGCGCUCCACUUAAUGGCGUUCUAGAUCAUAUUGCUGCUGAUGAUAUAAUGAAAGACCCUGCUACCACUGUGAAUGACGCCAUACAAUGCUGCCAAUCCUCUCUGGCAGACUUCCGAAAGGCUGAUGACCAUCAAGGACUCUCUGGGGCGGAUGCCUCCGAGAAUGCGUCCAUGGCAACCCAUGCGCUCCACGAGCUGGAACAUGUUCUUGAAACCUUUCACCGAGCAUUGAAACGAACCACAAGGAUAUUAGUCGAAAUGCAAGCCAAGCUGGCUAUCAUUUACAACAAUCAAGCAACGGUGCUCCAACUCCGCGGUGAUCUUGAUGGAGCAAUGAACAAGUUCCAAACCUCACUGACCAUCAAAAAGAAGACCCUUGGAGAAGACGAUGCACAAGUUGCAGAAAGGUUUGUCUACUUGGGCAAUAUACUGGAAUUGCAAGGAAGAACAGAAUUGGCGCGGUCAAGAUAUGAAAAGGCGCUAGUCAUCUUGAAGAAAACGUUGGGCGAGGACCACUCGUUUGUUGCCGAUACUCUCGUCAAGCUUGCCAACGUUUUAAGUGGACAAGGACAGCGGGAAAAGGCUGAAGAACACUAUUUCAAGGCCAUUGGAAUCUACAGACGGACACUGGGAGAAGAACACUUGUCGAUAGCGAAUGCCUUCUUAAAAGUCGGUGACAUGUCUUGUGUCCAACGGAAAUAUGAUCGCGCCUUGGAGAUGUAUCAGUCGGCGUUGGGUAUUCAGAGAAUUGCGCUCGGUGACGAUGAUGUGACAGUCGGUGAUAUCUAUGCAUUGAUCAGCUCCCUCUUGAGAAAGCAAGGAAAGGACAAUGAAGCAAAUGAGGCAUACGAAAAGUAUCUUGAAAUCAAGAAAAAGAGUUUAGGUGAGGAAACCUUGGCACUGAUUGAAUACGAGCUGGAGAGGGCAAAGGAACUCGCAGGAGAAGACAAGCCAGAAGAGGCAAUGUCCUCAUACCAAAAGGCGCUGGACGCGUCCCAAGAAGCAUUUGGGUCCGAAGACGUAUCGAUAGCAUUCAUAUACAACGGAAUGGCCUUGGUGCUGUCUCAGCAGGGCACCCUUGGACGGGCCAUGAUGUUGCAUUACAAAGCGCUUGGGCUGUAA